ACUUGGAAGAUUAUUUUACUCAUCCUGUACAUAUCCUUCCAUCCCAGGAUGUUCAAUUCCAAUAGAGCAUUAGGAGAAGGAGAUUUGAGAAAAUUACUGAAGAUUUAUCGCACAGAGAUUUCAAUGGCAGUGGAUGAUGUCUUCCCAUUACUUCAUGGGCUGGCUGAUCAUGAAGUUGUCACUGAAGAGAUGUUCAAGGACACUCUCCACCUGAAGGAAACUGAAGGUUGUCACAAGGCUUUUUACACCAUGUUGACAUGGCUGCUGAAUCAGAAUUUAUCUUCCAUUGAAGAUUUCUGGAGAGUCCUUUUCAAAGAAUACAACCUGGAGAGAUAUUCCAAGCUCCAGUCCAUUUGGAGCAGCUUUCCUAAAGAUAUGGAUUUCAGCAGGCAUCGUAGGGCAAAGAAAUUCGCAAUCAGUCCUAAGGUGGUGACUCAGCACAAAUCCCAAGGAAAGAGAAAGAUGACAGAGGAAAGAGACCCUCUGCAAUUAACUCAGCCUUCAGGAAAAACUGAUCCACACCUUGGGUCCUUUCCUAAAGCAAAAGCUGUGAGGAAAUCAGAGAAUGCUGAGGUACAACAUUACCCACUUCCAAAUGGCAAUGCUAAGAAAUUUGUAAAAGUUGGUGAUGAAUGUUAUACAUCAAGCACAUCAGAAGAACUUGGAGAGAAUAAAGCAUAUGAAAUGAAGUCCAACAUGAAUAACAAGGAACCCCAGGUUUCUGAAUAUAGUGGAGAUCAAAAAGCAAAUUUGCAGGUUAGGUGCCACACCAUUCCUUUUCAUAUUGAUGCAGCUGCCCAGCAGAAGAACGAUGAUGAAUGUGCCAUCUGUAGGGAUGGUGGAGAGCUGAUCUGCUGUGAUGGAUGCCCUAAGGCCUUUCAUCUUGGCUGCCUUAUACCACCACUGACAGAGAUUCCAAGUGGGACAUGGAGGUGUGAUUCCUGCUCAUCUGGGAAGGUCAAACAGGACAGUGGCACUGAAGAAGAGAAGAACAGAGAGUCCUUUUCUCAAAGUCAGGGUGCUGUUUAUGUCCGGAGAACAACUGAAGAUGGGAGGAGAGUUCUCAUCAAAGAACCUCUGUGUGCCUCCUUCAGGCAGCCUCUGCCAUCUCUGCUCUCUGUGCCAGUGGCGGUUCCACCCACAGUACAGAAUGUGGGAACAGAGAAACAGCUGAAACUGACCAUCGGUGACAAAUGCGGUAUAUGCCGGAAAGGAGGAGAUGUGAUCUACUGUAAUAAAUGUUUCAGGGCUUUCCACUGGCACUGCCAUUUUCCUGGCCAUGCAGAUCAAAUCAGUGGAAUCUUGGUAUGUAAAUCCUGUUCUGACAACUCUACAGUUAUCAACUUGGAAGGAGAAUCACACUCCAGUGCUCCAACAUUACGAGCAGUAAAGGUGGUAGAAGAAUCUGCUGGAACUGAACCUGCAGUGAACAAGGAUGAUCUGGAUUCACUCUUAGGGGAGAAUACGUUUGAUGGGAUUUUGCAUUGGGCAUUCCAGAGCAUGUCUCGUCCAUUAUCAGGCACUCAAGGAUUUUUCUCAUAGUAGCCUAGACGUGGCAUUGUUUAACAUCUAGAUCUGCUGCUGUUUUUCAGUAACACGAGAUACAAGUUCAUUUGUCUGCAGUUCAACACUAUGUUCAAAACUACAUGUUUUAAUGUCAUCUUUAUACCAGUAUGAUAGUUCUCUUAAAUGUAUAUUUCUGUGCUUAUUUUUAGUUGACAGAAUAUACAGGUAAUCCUCGUUUAGCAACUGCCUCAAUAAGUGACUGUUUGCAGUUACAACAGUGAUGAAAAAGUAACUUUACGACCAAUCCUCACAUUUACGACCUUUGCAGGUCUGUAAAGCAAAGGAAAGCUGAAGUAAGAUCAUAAGCACAGUUGCUGAGUUGUUGUCCCAACUGUGGUUGCUAAACUAGAACUUCCUGUAUAUUUUUCAUUCUGUACCUGAACACAUCAACAAAUUAAUCUCUCAAAUAUUGGUAUGAUGGAGUAAUAGUAAAACAUUCAGAAAAUCUGCAGUUGGUGGUGGAGUUCCCAAGGCUGAUUCUUUUCAGGAACUUCAGUUUGCCUUCUGUGGGAGAAGGGGUGGAGUCAGCUCAGGAAUUCAUAAUGACUAUGACAUAUGC